AUGAAAGUUUUAUUCGUUUUAGUCAUCUUUAUAACAAUACAGUGUGAAAUGUUAUUGGUUUCCUAGGAUGAUAAAUUUAGUGAUGAUGAUAAUGAUUUUGUAGGAGGGGUAUUUCCUACGACAGAUUCAAAUUCUGAUACUUAUAAUAAAGCACUUUAGUAUGCAUAAGAACAUUAUGCUGAGAGUUGCAAAUUGAGUGAUCUACAGUGGGAAAGUUUAGAUGGUUCAAAGAAUUAGAUGGUUUAAGGGAUGCUGUAUUAUUUCAAUGUAACAUUAAAGGGAAAGGAGAGACAAGAGAAAUAUGAGAUUCAAGUGUGGAUUUAGGCAAAUUAAGAAUAAAGUGCUGAAAUCACUCAAUGUAAACAAUUAUGA